AUGCGUCCCAAUAGCAUCUUGGCUGCCCUGGCCAUCUUCAAUGGCCUGGCCUCUGCAAGCGCUAUCAUUUACCCCCAGCAUGAUGAAAAGAACAUCUUCAAGCAUGAUGGCCACAAGGACCACCACAAGUACCACAAGGACUUCUUCAAGAACCACCAUGGGGACAGGCACCACAAGGACAAGCACCAUAAGGACGACAAUGUCAAGGUUGACCAGUUCAAGUUCACGGAUGACUUCAAGUACCCCCACAAGCAUGAACAUGGCAAGCACCAUAGGCCCGAGAAGCAUCACCACCACCACUGCGAGGGUGGCCACUGUGACAGGAAGUCCUGCCACGAGUGCAACGGCGAGUGGGCCAAGCCCGGAUGCCAGCACUGCAAGCCUGAGAGGCCUUGCCAUGGCCCUGACUGUCAGCGUCACCACAAGUACGUGGACGUCGAGGUCAUUAAGGAGAAGUCCAAGGAUAGGCCUCACCACCACCACCACGUUGAGGUAAUCAAGGAGCUGAAGGAGAAGGAGAAGGAGGUUCUUAUCAAGGAGCUCAUUGAGAAGGAGAAGGAGAAGGAGAUCAUCAAGGAGAAGGAGAAGGAAAUCAUCAAGGACAAGGAGAAGGACGUUAUCGUUGACAAGGAGAAGGACUGUAUCAAGGACAAGGAGAAGGACGUCAUCGUGGAGAAGGAGAAGCCGUGCACAAAGGUUGAAACCAAGGUUGAGACCAAGCCUUGCACCACCGUCGUCCAGAAGACCACUGCUGCUCCAAUUGUUCCUUGCACCACCGUCGUCGCUCCAUCUGCUCCUUGCACCACCGUCGUCGCUCCAUCUCCCCCUUGCACCUCUCUGCCCGCUCCCCCGGCAAAGAACAUCACUCCUCCAAUUCCUUGCCCCAAGCCUCCGGCUCCUUGCCCGGCUCCCGUUCCUAGCGCCAUCUCCCUUGGCACUCUUGCAAUCAGUCUUGUUCUGAGCUACUUCCUGUUCUAA